CAUCACUUGAAAAACCACUUACACCGAUUUUUACACCAAUAGCAUCCAUACACUCAACAGAAAGCCCUAGCAUUACAGAAACUUCUGGGAACCCACUAACCGAGAAUCUACUAACUUCCGUUGAUGACAGCGAUGACUCUGUAGUAGACCCUAAUUAGCAACCUGAAGAAGAAGAAAAUCAAUGCUCCAAAGUCACCCGUUAUGACUUCAUCUUUGGUUCAAAUUGUACGACCAGGCGGCAUUAUUAAUACACAAGAAGUAGAAAAAUCGUCCAUACUUGAAAGUAAACUUGAUGGUCAAAAAGUGAAAAGAUGCAAAAGAAAAAUACCGGAAAAUUGGAAGAAAAACAUUAGAAAAAUGAAGAAAAAUAGCGGUGCAACGUAUAUAUCAAGUCAAGGAAAGAAUGUACCGUCAAAAAUGUGUAGCACUGAAAAUUGCAAGUGUCAACGAGCUUGUCAUACAAAAAUUGAUAAUAUUAAAAGACAAAAAAUUCAUUUGUCAUUUUGGAGUUUGGGUAGUAUUGAAAGACAAAGGGAUUUUAUAGUAUCUAACGUGCUUUCAACUGAAGCAACAGUAUCACGAGUGACCAAUUCGAGAAGGAAAUUUACAUUGAAUUACAGUUUCAUGGUUAAUUCGCAGACGAUAAACGUAUGCCAACCUUUUUUUCUUCGCACACUAGAUAUCAGUGACAAGAUGGUCCGUACUGCUUUAAAGAAAGCGCGCCGAGGAGUAGGUAAUAUUCCUUCUCCUGACAAAAGAGGCCGUCACACACCGUCCAAUAAAUUUGACGAACACAGCAUGAAGUUCGCUAAUGAUCACAUAGAUUCAUUUCCAAAAGUGCCUUCUCAUUGGUGCCGUAAAGAUACAAAAAAGAUUUACUUAGAAACUAUUCUUAACAAAGAAAAAAUGUAUGAAUUAUAUAAGCAGCAUUGUUUGGAGAAUCAAGAGAAACCCAUUGGAAAAACUUCGUAUAAAGAACUCAUUUUAGAGAAGAAUAUUAGUUUCCACAAACCAAGAAAGGACCAGUGUUGGUGUAACAAAUAUGAGCAAUUAACUGAAGAAGAACAAAAGGAGAAACAAGAAGAAUACGAAGAGCAUGUUAACAGAAAAUACUAUGCACAAGAAGAAAAAAAAUCGGAUAAAAUUAAAGCAAUAGAAGAUAGUCGCUUGCAUGUUUGUACUUUUGAUUUUCAAGCAGUGCUAUAUUGUCCUUUAGUUUUAGGAAAGCCUGUAUUUUAUAAACGGAAGUUAGGUAGCAUGAAUUUCACUAUUCACAAUGCAGUGACUAAACAAGGAUAUUGUUAUUUUUGGCCGGAAUAUGAAGGCAACCGCGGAUCAAACGAAGUAUCAACAUGUCUCUAUAGUUACAUCUCAAAUCUCUCCAACGUACAUCACCUAAUAUUAUAUUCUGACUGCUGUCCAGGGCAGAAUAGAAAUUCUGUGCUUGUAGCUAUGUUCAAUUAUAUCAUUACAUCACCUGAUAAUGAUAUUAGAGUUAUUGAUUAUAAAUUUCUUGAACCCGGACACACCUACAUGGAGUGCGACAAUAUGCACUCGACAAUUGAACGAGCUUCUGAGUAUGCGAAAAUCUAUACCCCUGAUGACUGGCAAAAUGUCAUACGACUAGCCCGUAAAGACAACCCAUAUAAAGUUAAAGUUAUGGAACACACAGAUUUUUUGGAUUUCAAAGCACUGCGAAGUACUAUUAUUUAUAUGUGAUACAAAUACAAUGAAAGCCAUCGAUGGAACUGUUUU